AUGGUACACGCCUAUAAUCUCACGCGUCACGAGGCAACAGGAUUCUCGCCAUUUUAUCUCUUAUUUGGCAGACAUCCUCGUCUACCUAUUGAUAUGAUCCUAAACCUGGAGAGCGAGUCAACUGAGUCCCCUAAUUAUAGAGAGUAUGUUAACAACUGGAGCGAAGCGAUGUCUGAAGCUCACAAGAUUGCAAACGAAAAGAGUUCACAAAGUAGAGCGAAAGGGAAAAAGCUAUACGACCGCCGCGUCCGUAGUUCGAAGUUACGACCGGGGGAUAGAGUUCUUGUACGAAAUCUGCGUAAACGAGAUAAACCUUGCAAGCUGCGAAGUCAUUGGGAAGACAAGAUACAUGUCGUGGUGACUAGGAGAGGGGGAGAUAGCCCAGUCUAUACAGUUAAACCCGAAAGUUCUGAUGGCCCGAGUAGAACCCCUCAUCGUAAUAUGCUGUUCCCGUGUAGUUGACUUCCCGUUGAACCGCUGUUGAACCAAAAAACGCCUCGUCAAAGAGAGAUUGCAGUUUCUCCCAGCAUCUACUAGUCAACCGGAAUUAGAUGAAGACGAAUUAGAUGAGUUAACAUUUGUACCAUUGGCGAAUGAUCAGAGGAGUGGGGCGGACAUAACCGAUGCGGUGACACCAGCUCAAGACGGCGAGCACGGACAUGAUAAGAUAGACAACUCAGAGUUACCAGCGGUCGGGAACCCAGAUGUAUUGGCCCUUGAUGAACAACGACCAACCAUUCCACCGCUAGCAAUGGAAAAUUCAACUAUUCCACCACCACCUAUAGAAAAUACUAGACCAAGCAGAAACAGAAAUCCACCACCAAGACUAAAUUAUUGGACACCGGGUAACCCAGUCACAGGCAUUUCAUACCCUGGUUACCUGGUAGUACGUGUGAACACUAUUUUCGGUUUCGUAGAGCCUAGUCACCCAGGAGUGAUGCCUUUCCCACCAAUAAAUUCCAUUCCUUAUAUGUGGCAGCCAACCCCCUUACCUUAUAAUCCCUUCGCAUACCUCGGACCUCAUUGUCCGUACUGCGGAACGAUGUUCUUUAAUUAG